GUUCUUUAGGACUUUCCUGGACCUUUCAGGAUUUGGGUCUCUUAGGUGUUGGGGACUGCUCGUCCUUGCUCUUCUGUACAACCUACAGGCCUUUGUAGGUGUUGCAUGGAGAAGUCCAUCCACUCGUGUGGCAGUUGCAGCAGAGCGGACAGUUGCCGAGGAGAAGGAGAUUGCUGACAAGCUAGAUGAGGUACUGAGAAAGAAGCUGAAAGAUACUGAUGCAAAGGACGAGAAGAGUACGUUGAGCGAAUCUGCGCAAAGAGCAGUAGACAAAGUUUCAGGUGUGAAGAGGAGGGAGCUUAAGGCUCCCAAAAAGAGAUCCAGAUCCAUCGUGAAGAAAAGCUUGGAUGAGGUGCUGAAGUCUGCAAGUGAGGAGGACGAGAAGGGAAGCUACCUUCCAGCCAAACGGGAUGUCUACAAGGAGGUGGGCAUUACUCGACAAGAAGUGGAACGCUACUGGAAACGACAAGAAGAAAGCAACAAGAACUUCACCGACAAGUUUGUUGGCCCGUUCUACGUGGUUUUCCCAAUCCUCAUCCUGAUUGUCCUCUACUUGGUUUAUGAUUCCAUUGUGAAUCCGCAGGAGUUUGUGACAGCCUCCAUGACAGGUUUGGACUAG